AUGCAGUCCAUAAAAGAGGGUUACGCGUUUUUCAUUCUUUACCUUUCGCACAUACUUUGGGUGUCAUAUUUGAUAUGGACAUUUGUAUUCGAUGAUUUCCUAAGCAUACUACCGUUCCCCUUUCCCUCCAAGUACUGGGCAGCUAUCAUCCCAUGUGCGAUCAUUUUUUCAUCCUUCUGUUUCAUUCUCUUUACCAUUAUUUACUCAUUUGUCAAAACGGAACCACCCAAUUCGAUACACUUAGUUGAAGAUGAGCACUCAGUAUUUGAAAAUAAAAUGACAGAAACUUGUCUGAACAGCGUGUGUGAUAUAAAGAUUGAACAAGUAAAUAAGUUGUUAUACGACACGUCUCUUUAUUUUGAGUAG